CAAGUCAAUGGUUGUAUCAACUCAAUUGAAAACUAGUAAAAACGAGCCGCGUAGAAAUUUGAAUUGUGAAAAAUAGAUUUUGUUUAUUAAUUAGAUACAAAUACAUUAUCGGUUACGUACAUAUACAUAUAUACAUAUAUUUGAUUUUUAAACAUAAAAUAAAAUAUGGCCGUAGAAAAAGGAUUAAAAAGCAAAUACAUUGCAGCGCAAAGUGAACUAUUGAGUGACACACACGACCCAGUGUUUAUGGACGCCUAUAAUCGUUCUAUUUCGAAUCCGAGUGAAUUUUGGGGUGAAUUAGGGCGCUUGGUCGACUGGCAUAAGCCAUGGGAUCGUGUUAUGGAUAACAGUAAUCCACCAUUUACGAAAUGGUACAGUGGUGGUUACCUUAAUGCCUGCUAUAAUGCUUUGGACCGACAUGUGUUGAAUGGAAAUGGCAAUAAAAUUGCGCUGAUUUACGACAGUCCAUUGACGAACACUGUACGUCACGUCACUUACCAACAACUCUACGAUGAGGUUACAGUUUUUGCUGGCGGCCUCGCAAGCUUAGGUCUCCAGAAAGGCGAUCGUGUUGUUAUCUAUAUGCCUUUGAUACCUGAAGCAAUUGUUGCCAUGUUGGCCACUGUACGCCUUGGCGCUAUACAUUCUGUCGUUUUUGGUGGCUUUGCGGCGAGCGAACUAUGCUUACGAAUUGAACACGCUGAACCAAAAUUUAUACUUUCAGCUAAUUGUGGCGUCGAACCCGGCAAGGUUGUACCCUACUUAGAAAUAUUGCAUGCCGCUGUCGAAAUGUCGAAUUGGAAACCGAUUUGCAAUAUUAUUUAUAUACGUGAUAAUAUUUUGCGUAGCACGAAUUUAAAUUGGAAAACAGAUAUGCUUUGGGAAACAGUACAACAUUUGGGUGCACCGGUCGAUUGUGUGCCCGUGGAGGCUAACGAACCGUUGUAUAUACUUUAUACUUCAGGCACUACAGACAAACCGAAAGGUGUACAACGGCCAACCGGUGGUCAUUUGGUAUCACUGAUCUAUACACUGCAAAAGAUUUAUGGCAUCAAUGCGGGCGAUGUGUGGUGGGCUGCAUCGGAUGUGGGUUGGGUUGUUGGACACUCUUACAUUUGCUAUGGUCCAUUAUCGCUUGGGGCGACAAGUGUUAUGUAUGAGGGCAAACCAGAUCGUACGCCAGAUCCAGGCCAGUACUUCAGAAUAAUAGAGGAACAUCGUGUUAAUGCACUCUUUUCGGUUCCAACUGCCUUUCGUGUUAUUCGUCGUGCUGAUCCCAAUGUGAAACAUGGACAAAAAUACUCACUUAAAUCUCUGCGCUGCGUUUUCAUUGCUGGCGAGCAUUGCGAUAUGGAAACGAAAAAUUGGAUGGAACGUGUUUUUAAAGUUCCAAUAUUGAAUCAUUGGUGGCAAACAGAGUCGGGAUCACCAGUUACCUCGACGUGUGCCGGUUUCAAGCACAGUCUAAAUCCACCAAAGUAUUCAACUGGUUUGCCGUUUAUUGGUUAUAAUAUUAAGGUGCUUAAACCUAAUGGUGAAGAAUGUGAGACUUCAAAACUUGGGCGUAUUGCAUUGAAAUUGCCACUUCCACCAGGUUUUAUGUCAACACUUUACAGAAAUGACGAGCUCUUUAAGAAAACAUACUUCCAAAAGUAUCCAGGCUACUACGAUACAAUGGAUGCCGGUUAUAAGGACGAAAACGAUUAUGUAUAUGUGACGGCUCGUGAUGAUGAUGUCAUAAAUGUGGCUGGCCAUCGUAUUUCAACAUCAAGCUUGGAAGAUGCUGUUCUACGACAUCCCGAUAUCGUUGAUGCUGCUGUAUUCGGUGUGCCCGAAGCGACUAAAGGACAAGUUCCGCUUUGUCUAUAUAUACCAAAGGACGACACUCAAAAGACAACCGCCAAGUUGUGCGCAGAAAUAAUCAAAAUUAUUCGUGAUGUUGUCGGUCCUAUUGCUGCUUUUCGGUUAGUCGCGCCAGUUGAGGCUUUACCACGUACUCGUUCCGGUAAAACUAUGCGCAGAGCUAUGGCGGAUUUCGCGAAGAAUGAGCUGGUAGUAUUACCAUCCACAAUUGAGGAUCCAAGCGUUUUUGCAGGUUUAAGGCGCGCCUUACAGACUUUGGGUUAUGCGAUGAAUGCACCCGAUCCUGCAGUGACUGUUAAACAUUAUGAGAAUUAAACGUUUAGUAGAGACAACAAAGUGCAUAAUAUAACAGUUGUUAUUAUUACAACAAUGUAAGGCGAUUUUUUAUUUGUUAGUUAUCUAACUACUAUUGUAUGAAUUUGGAAUUUCUUUUCAAUAAAAGGAAUGAUGAAGUGAA